UAAAUGAAGUAUACAAUAGAUUUUAUUUUCAUCAACAAUUUUGAAUAAAUGAUUACAAAUUUCUAAUUGUAAAUAUUUAGGUUUUGUUGAUUAGAAUAAAAUAAUUUAAAUCAUAAUUUUAAGUUUUACGAAAAUAUUUUUCCGCUUUAAGUUCAAUAAUGGAUGAAAACAGCUCGUUAAUAUACGGUUUGGAACUACAGGCUAGAGCUAUGACACCACAACUAGCUGAAAGUAAUGAAAUAAGAUUUUUUAUAGCUACGCAUUCCCUUAAACCAAAUAAUCAAAUCCAUCUAAUUGAAUACAAUGAAGAGAAGCAAUCAUUAAAAGCAGUGAUUUUUUCACAUCCACUUGGCGAAAUCUGGAAAUUAAACAGUAGUCCGCAUAAUAGCAGAAGAAUCGCAACAUGUUUUAGUUCUAUUAAAAACGGGCAAGUUCUCAGUCAGACUGCUAUUUUAGAUUUGCCGGAAGACUUACAAAAAAAGCCUGAUCAAGAUGAAUUUCUCAAUUUUCAUAACGUUGAAAUUCUACCGUCAGCUGAUUACGGAAAUGAAAUUAAAAAUACAGAAUUUCAUCCAUCAGAUGAACAAAUUAUAGCCAGUGUUAUUGAUGGAAAAAUUAUAAUAUAUAAUAGAUCUGAGAGCAAAACCAGAAUAGCUGCGGAAAUAAAUGCUAAUAAACAUGCACAGAAAUUUACUACUGGAAAAUGGUCACAACACCACCAAGGAAAUCAAUUCAUAACAUUACAUGAGUGUAGUGUUAAAUCUUUUGAUAUUCGGGAUACUAAUCAUUGUGCCUGGUCAAUAGAAGAAGCACAUGGAACAUUAGUGCGAGAUUUAGACAGUAAUCCAAACAAAUCUUGCCAUCUCGCGACAGCAGGAGAUGAUGGUUAUAUAAAAAUAUGGGAUACUCGAAUGACGAAAGAACCCAUAUUCUUUAGAAAUGAUCAUUAUCAUUGGAUAUGGAGUGUAAGGUUUAACACUUUCCACGAUCAACUUUUAUUAACGAGCAGCAGUGAUGGAAAAGUUUUAUUAACUUGUGCUGGAAGUGUAAGCUCAGAAACUCAAGAUAAUAUUGAUGAAAGCUUAUUGCAAAGAGAUAUCAAUUUAGAACAAAAUGAAACAAAAAAAGUUAUGCCAGAUGGACUGUUACAAACAUUUGAUCAGCAUGAAGAUUCGGUCUAUUGUGCUGAAUGGAGCAGUGUAGAUCCUUGGAUAUUUGCCUCCUUGAGUUAUGACGGCAGAAUGAUAAUUUCGAAAGUUCCAAAACAAUAUAAGUAUCAAAUUUUAUUUUAAUAAUCCUUAAAUUAUUAUGCAAAAGUAUAUUUACACUUCGAAUCUAUUUAUACCUACAUGUAUAGAAUUUGUUUUUUUAUUUUUCUAAAAUAUUAAGUAUUAAAAGUACCAAUAUUCCAAAAAUGACUUAUUAGCUUAAUU